AUGGCGAAUGAAUCCACCCCGUUGCUCUCCACCGUUGCCGUCGCCCCCGUACGUCGCCGCUAUCCCCAUCAAACCCUCCGCCGAUUCUGCACCAUCGCCCUGGGCUCCUCCCUCGUCGCGCUCCUCGUCACCGUCGUCGUCACCGUCGUGCUCGAACCGCCCUACGGCACGCCGCCCUACAGCUGGCCCGGCCACGACAAGCCGCACUUCACCUUCGAACAGCUUCGGGACCUUCUCCUCGACACCCCCAGCGCCGCCAAGGCUGCCGAGUGGAGCUGGUAUUACACCUCGGGUCCCCAUCUGGCCGGCAAGAACUUGUCUCAGGCCGAAUGGACGCGGGACCGCUGGGCGGAAUGGGGCGUCCAGUCCGAGAUCAUAGCCUACGACACCUAUCUCAACUACCCCGUCGACCACCGCCUCGCCCUCCUAGAGAAGGCCCGGCCGGGUUCUGUCGGCGCCGAGGCCUGGAACGUGGUCUUCGAGGCUUCGCUCAAGGAGGACGUGCUCGAGCAGGACCCGACCACCCAGCUCGAGGAUAGCAUCCCGACCUUCCACGGCUACUCCGCGAGCGGCAACGUCACCGGCUCCUUCGUCUACGUCAACUACGGUACGUACCGGGAUUUCGAGGACCUCCUUGCCGCCAAUGUCACCCUCGAGGGGAAGAUUGCUGUUGCUAAGUACGGCGGCAUCUUCCGAGGCUUGAAGGUCAAACGCGCACAGGAACUGGGCAUGAUCGGCUGCGUCACCUUCACCGACCCGGGCGACGACGGCACGGUCACGGAAGCGAACGGAUACGGCACGUACCCCGACGGACCGGCCCGGAACCCUAGCAGCGUCCAGCGGGGGAGCGUGCAAUUCCUCAGCGUCGCGCCAGGCGACCCAACCACUCCCGGCUAUCCGUCGAAGCCGGGCGCGCCGCGAGCGCCCGUCGAUGGCUCGAUCCCGAGCAUCCCCUCUCUGCCCAUCUCCUACCUAGACGCCUUGCCAAUCCUGAAGGCCCUGAACGGGCAUGGGCCUCAAGCCAAGGAUUUGGGCGAGUACUGGACCCGAAACAACGGCCUCGGAUACAAAGGCGUAGAGUACAACAUUGGCCCUUCGCCCGACGACGUCGUGCUCAACCUCUACAACGAGCAAGAAUACACCAUCACCCCUAUGUGGGAUGUGAUCGGUGUCAUCAACGGCACCAUCUCCAACGAGGUCAUAGUGGUGGGCAAUCACCGCGAUGCGUGGAUCUCUGGCGGAGCGGGCGAUCCCAACAGCGGAUCGGCCGCGCUCAACGAGGUGGUCCGCAGCUUCGGCCAGGCUCUGGACCAGGGCUGGAGACCCCUGAGGACUAUCGUAUUCGCCAGCUGGGACGGCGAGGAAUAUGGCUUGGUCGGGAGCACCGAGUGGGUAGAAGAGAACCUCAAGUGGCUCUCGGCCACCACUGUGGCCUAUGUCAACAUCGACGUCGGUGUCCGCGGCCCGACUUUUACCGCCUCCGCCGCUCCCUUGCUGCACAAGGUCCUGUACGAGGUGACGUCGUUGGUCCCGUCACCGAACCGUACCGUCGAAGGACAGACCGUGCGGGAUCUCUGGAACGGUCAUAUCGGUAUUAUGGGCAGCGGCAGCGACUUUACGGCAUUCCAAGAUUUCGCUGGCAUCCCUAGUCUCGACAUAGGUUUCGGCGGGCAAGCCGACGAUUCCCCCAUCUACCAGUACCACAGCAAUUACGACAGCUUCCACUGGAUGUCCGAGUUCGGCGACCCGGGCUUCGCCUAUCACAAGACGAUAGCGCAGAUUCUCGGCCUCAUCACCGCGAAGCUAGCUGAGACGCCAGUCAUCUUCCUGAACGCAACCAACUACGCCGAUGCGCUCCGACAGUACUUCGACCAGCUUGUCCCGAAGCACGAACGCUCUCGGUCAGAAACCUUAAGCGGAGAGCGUGACGCCUUUGAGCUCAGGGCCCGUCCGGUCAACACCAAGAUCCAAGGCGACCCGGAGGCCUUCGCGGACUAUUCGAAACGCAUAUACCAAUCUUUCGACAGGCUGAGGUCAGCCGCGGUGAAACUAGACGCCAAGGCCGAAUCGUUAGCCAAGAGAGCGAACCAUCCCAUCCCUUGGUGGGAUUUGAUCAGCAGGCUGAAACUCAUUCACGAGAUCCGACUCACCAACAACAAGUACAAGACGAUCGAGCGUGCUUUCCUGUAUGAACCUGGCCUGGACGGCCGGACCUGGUUCAAGCACGUCGUGUUCGCCCCGGGAAUCUGGACCGGCUACUCCGGAGCUGUGUUCCCCGGGCUAGCGGAGAGCAUCGACAACGGGGAUUACCUGAAUGCUAUCAAGUGGGCCGAGAUCAUUGACGGCCGCGUUACGGCAGCCGCCGAGACCAUCGAGUGA